UAUACCUCUGCGUGGCCAUUUUAAUAAUUACAAACAUGGAAUUAAAUGUCCCAGUGCUGCGAAGUUUUUGGGAGUUUACAUGGUACUAGCCCGCUAUUGAAUUGUUGAAUAGGUAGGUAUUGCUAAUUGAAAGCCGGCUGUUUGAUCACGAUCUCGAACUCGCCAUUGGUUCGGUGUUGUAUUGCGUUCCCUGGUUGACCACUCUUGGUGCUGCGGACAGUGGCCUGCGCUCUGAAAACCAAAACCUCGUAGGAUUAAAUCCGUGUAAUAUAAUAAUCGCUAAUUACUGCGUGACAUGGAAUUAAAUUAUUAUUAGGUGAAAUAAAUAAAUACGGUGUGUACUGGUUUUGGAUACAGUGAUUUAUGUGUUUGGAUUUUCGAAACGAAGAAUUGGAAAUAAAAACAACAAAAAAUGGAAAUUUAUCUCGAAUUUUAUGUGUUUUGACAUAAAUGGAUGGAUACUCCAGCAAAAGGAAAAGGAAGAAAUGUGUGUUAAUGGACAGAAAAUAUGGGUUUGACCAAAAAUGGAUAUUUCUUGAGUCUUUCGCUUUUUCCAGCUUUAGUACACGCAGAUGAUAAUAGCACUUCAAAUCCUGAUUACCCUAAAAUCUUGACCCCUAUCAUCGUCUCUUUUGGUGCCCUUAUCCUCGCAUUUACCGUCGCUAAACUCGUCGACUGCUGUUGCAAGAAAACACUCGAGAAAAAUGAAAAUCUGGAGUCGUUGGAUGACAACACUAAAAAGAUUUUACGAGCCCGAUUAAUUGUGAUUCAAAUGAAGAGGAAGGAGAUGGCGAAGGUUGCCCCAGCGUUGGGGUUCUUGAAACGUUGGUCGACACGGUCCAAAGUAUCAAAGAAUCUUCAAAUGGAGGCUGGUUCCAAUAAACAAACUGUGAUAACUGUUGAAGAAGCGAGCGAAAAAGAAAAGAAAAACAAUUCUUCAGUGGGUGGUUUCUUAAAACAAAACAAAGUCUCAAAUGGAAUACCAAGUUUAACCCAAAAGAACCAAAAACAAAAUAUAUAUAAACAGAGCAGAUCUGAUAGUUUUAAGAGGAGUAAAUCGGAAACUCCGACUCCAGGGUCCGGAAAUGAUUCUGUGGAUCUAGUCAUACAAAGUAAUCCGGGUACUCCCUCACCUACUUCCGGUAAUGCUUCUUUGCUUUCGAGAAUUUCAUCGCCUAAAUCAGUGCCUUCGUCUGAACUUUCGAAUCAAACUUCGGUGAUUUCAAAAUCUGGCAAAAGUGUAACUUUUAAUGAAAAUGUGGAAGUAAAAACAGAGGACGAAAUAGAAAACAAAGUUGAUUCUGUGAAAGUAGUAAAUGAAACUUCAACUACAGACUCUAACAAACCUUCGAACCUGAAAAAGCCAUCUUGAAGGAAGAAACAUCUUAAGACUUCUCUGAAAAUUUUCGAACUGGACAAUCAACAUCCACAUUGGAUUGAUUUGAAAAUUAAUUGCAUUUCGAGGGGAACAAUAAUGGUUGUGAAUGAAAAGCGUUCUAAAAGUGCCUUAAUUUGGAUUUGUCUUUUGAGACAAAAUAGUUGUGAAAU